UGGCAAAUUUGGAUCCGGAAGGUCGGAAGACGUCGACUCGCGUCGUGGCCGCGUCGGGACGAUAGUCGAAGAGAGUCGAGAGCGCGGGUGACCGAUGGUCGGCGCCGUGACCCUUGGGGCAGAUUAAGCCGCAAUUGCGCGUAUAAAAGUGUCGACGACGCCGCGCCGUGAUCCACAGUCCGUCUCCGUCCUCGGAGCUUCCCUCUGCAGGAUUCGAAGAUGCUCAAGUGCCUGACGGUGGUGGCAGCGGCGGUGGCGGCGGUGGCGGCGGUGGCAGCGGUCGCGGCCUCGGUGGGCCUCUACACGGACGAGCUCACCGCGGACAAGACCUUCCUGACCAAGCAGAAGCAGAUCUACGAUUUGCUCUGCCACGUGGACCAGGCCCCGAUCGCCCACCCCGAGCUCUACGCGGAGGCGAAGGCCUACAGCAUCGAGAGCAACGUCGACGCCUACUUCCCCAAGGCCGCCGUUCGGGACUUCCUGAGCCUCUACGCCAAGGGAUUCCUCCCUCGAGGCGAGAUCUUCUCCAUCUACUACCCGAAGGUCCUCGAGGAGUUCAAGGCGCUCUACUACCUCUUCUACUACGCCAAGGACUACGAGACCUUCUACAAGACCGCCUGCUGGGCUCGCGCCAACGUCAACGAGGGCCAGUUCGUCGUCGCCUUCUACCUGGCGGUCAUCGGCCGACCCGACACCCACUACGUCCAGCUCCCCCCGCCGUACGAGAUCUACCCGUACGCGUUCUACAACUCGGAGGUCCUGGAGAAGGCCCACCACGCCAAACUCGAGGGCAAACGAGAGGGCAAGAACGCCUACAGCGGCCUGGAGACGUACGUCAUCCCGGCCAACUACUCCGGCUGGUACCUCUACAAGGAGGGAGACCACGAGCAGCGGCUCAACUACCUGACCGAGGACGUCGGCUGGAACGCCUACUACUUCUACUACCGACUGAGCAGCCCCUUCUUCCUGAGCUCCGAGGAUCUGCCCGGGUCCACCGCGUAUCGCGGGGAGCAGUACCUCUUCGGGCACAAGCUGUUCCUUGCCCGCUACUUCCUGGAGCGUCUCUCCAACGACCUCGGCGGAAUCGAGGACUUUGACUGGAACCGGGAGUUCUAUCCGGGCUACUAUCCGACCAUGACCUACCACAACGGGCUGCCGUUCCCGCAGCGGACUUCCUGGAGCCUCGUCCCGCGGUACAAGUUCAAGUACCUCAAGGAGGCGCAAGAGGCGGAAUCCCGCAUCGUCGCGGCCAUCGACUCCGGCUACGCCUUCGACGGGAACGGCAAGCUCGUGGGCAUCGACACCCCCGAGGGCGCCAACGUCCUCGGGAACCUCAUCGAGGGGAACCAGGACUCGUGCAAUCGCCGGUUCUACGGCAGCUUCGAUUACUUGGCGAGGAAGGUCUUCGGGUACAACUUCGAGCCGUCCCAGCCGUACCGGCUCAAUCCCAGCGCCCUGGAGUCCUUUGCCAGCAGCCCGAGGGAUCCGGCGUUCUACCGCAUCUACGAGAGAAUCAACGGCUACUAUUUCAGGUACAAGAAGCGGUUCGAGCCGUACACCGAGAAGGAGCUGCUCUACCCCGGCCUAAAGAUCGAGUCCUUCGUCGUGGACAAGCUGACGACGUACUUUGACCAGUUCGACGCGGCCAUCGACAACGCCAUCGCGGUGGAGAGCCAGGCGGAGGCCGCCUCCUACGCGAUCAAGGCUCGCCAGUAUCGCCUGAAUCACAAGCCCUUCAACUUCCACCUCGCGAUCGUCUCCGACAAGCCCGCCAAGGUCGCUUUCCGCGUCUUCCUCGGACCCAGCUUCGGGUACAGGAACAAGUUCUACGACUUCGCGGACGCCUACCCGUACUUCUACGAGUUGGACUUUUGGAUCGCCGAUCUGAACGCCGGAGUCAACAAGAUCGAGCGCAACAGCCGGGAUGCCUACUUCACGAUCCCCGACCAGGAGUCCAGCGACAUCUACUACAAGAAGAUCCUGAAGGCCCUGGAGGGCGCGGAGACGUUCACCUACAAGGAGAGGGUCUACGGCUUCCCCCAGCGGCUGCUGUUGCCGAAGGGCAAGAAGGAAGGCAUGCCGUUCCAGUUCUUCGUCUACGCUAGCGAGGUGACCGGCGAGCCCGUCCGGUACGAGUCCCGCGUUUGGGGCAACAUCCUCCUGGACCGCCGACCCUUCGGGUUCCCCCUGGACCGGCCGUUCCGCUACGAUUUCGCGGGGCCCAACUCCUACUUCAAGGACGUCCUGAUCUACCACAAGGACGACUACGACGUCAACGCCACGUUUUAAGCCCUUUCGGGCCGACCCCCGUCUUGUCCGCCCCCUCCAAUAAAGAUGGCAUUCACCGUU